AAAGUCACUCCCGGCCCCUUUCCUUCACCAACUUGCCUCUACUCAAAUCUGGCUGUAGUUACAGCGAUGCAGCCGCUAGGGGCAGUGAUGUAGCAGUUGACAUUGGUGUGCUCACCGCGCAUGCGCUCUGGCCUUCUUUCCUCGUUGUGUUCUUGCCUGUGCCAGUCCGGGCAGCCCCGGCGACAUGAGGCUGCUCCAGCGCAAGUAAUGCCGGAGACGAGCCUCGGCCGGCGCAGGGAGCCGAGCCCCGUGAAGCUGGAGCCGCGGAGGAUUGUACAGCAAUAAUCGGUGCCUGUGUUUCUCCUUUCUCGGUUUCUCUUCAUCGGGCCUGCCCCCUGUAGAUGGUAUCUGGAGAGUCGACGGCCGCGGCAGAGGAGGAAGGGCUCCUGACUAGUAUGAAGGAGAUGAUCGGAGGCUGCUGCGUCUGCUCGGACGAGAGGGGCUGGGCCGAGAACCCGCUGGUAUACUGCGACGGGCACGGCUGCAAUGUGGCAGUGCAUCAAGCUUGUUACGGCAUAGUACAAGUGCCCACCGGACCUUGGUUUUGUAGAAAAUGUGAAUCUCAGGAAAGGGCAGCGAGAGUGAGAUGUGAAUUGUGCCCACACAAGGAUGGUGCGUUAAAACGGACCGAUAAUGGUGGUUGGGCUCACGUGGUUUGUGCACUAUAUAUUCCAGAGGUUCAGUUUGCAAAUGUUUCUACAAUGGAGCCCAUUGUGUUACAGUCUGUGCCCCACGAACGAUACAAUAAGACUUGCUAUAUUUGUGAUGAACAAGGACGAGAGAGCAAAGCUGCCACCGGUGCUUGUAUGACCUGCAAUAAGCAUGGAUGCCGGCAAGCUUUCCACGUAACCUGCGCACAGUUUGCGGGGCUUCUAUGUGAAGAGGAAGGAAAUGGAGCAGAUAAUGUUCAGUACUGUGGUUAUUGUAAAUAUCACUACAGCAAGCUGAAAAAAACGAAACUGGGAUUUAGUAGAUCAUUUGAUCAAAGUUUAAGUGAUUCUUCCUCUCACUCUCAGGAUAAACAUCAUGAGAAGGAGAAAAAAAAGCAUAAAGAUAAAGAAAAGCACAGACAGAAAUCCAGAAAGCAAAUGGAGCCUCUGCCACCUUUAGUUCCAUCUCUAACUGUGACUACUGAAAAGAUGUAUACCUGUAGCAACAACAGUAAUACCAGCAGCAGUAACUCCGUGCCCAGCUCAAUGAAGCGUUUGGAGGAGACAGCAGCACGCUUCACAAAUGCCAAUUUCCAAGAGGUUUCUGCUCAUCCUUUGGGAGCUAAAGAGGCAUUGGAGGCACGAAGCUCAGAAGGCAAAGGAAAGAAGAAUGUGAGCCACAACUCCAUGCAGCGGGGCAGAAAGUCUGGCAGUGGGAGGAAUAGUUCCAGCUCCGCAAGUGCAAACAGCCCCUUUCAGCAAGGAAGCUUUUCUGGAACACCAAGCAGUGUUAAAUCGUCUUCUGGAAGUUCAGUGCAGUCUCCUCAAGAUUUUCUGAGUUUUUCAGAAACUGAAGUACGAACUGAUAGCUAUCACCACCCCCAGCAGCCACUGUCUACCAAAGAUUUGCCUAAAGGAGAACCCGGAUCUCAGGAAGGGACAAUAAACAGUUUUAGCUCUUUAAUCGGCCUUCCUUCAAAUACAGUUAUGUCUUUCCAGACUAAAAACUAUGACAAUUUAUCUGGAGAUUAUAUCAAUUCAAGCCUUACUGUAGCGGGAUACAAGCGGGUACAAUCCUCCACAAUAGAAGAAGAUGCAGUAAAAGAAAAGAAACGUAAAGGAAAUAAGCAGAGCAAACACGGACCUGGUAGACCCAAAGGGAACAAAAGCCAAGAAGCUUCUUCCAAUUUAUCUGUUUCCUCAGCUUCUCCAACAUCAUCUGUUGCUUCAGCAGCAGGGAGUGUGACAAACUCUGGUCUCCAAAGAUCUCCUACGCUGCUGAGAAAUGGAAGCUUGCAGAGUCUAAGUGUUGGGUCUUCUCCAGUUGGGUCAGGUAUGUACAGCAGCAAUGAUGUAGCAGCUACCUUUUCCAAUGCUUUGUCAGGAUCGAGCACCCCAGGGUCCGUUUCCCACAUGACCCAGUGCACCACGGCUCACCUGCAACCAGGGGUUUCUUCAUCGCCAUCCUCCUCGUCCACAACUACUGCUCCUGCCAGCACUACUACAACUCAGGUAAACGCACUCCCUGGAUCCUCCAUUACCACGUCUUCAUCUCAUGUUUACGGCAGCCGGCAAAAUGCUAGCUCUGCAGUGGGUUCGCUCCUAGGGUCAACCGAAACCAGCCAAGCAGAUCAAGAUGCGGGAGACCAGAAUCGCGGCCUCGUUGUCAGAGGGACAUCCCCAAGAGGAAGCGCCUCUCCUAGAUCUCCACUGAAUAAUCUGCCAUCUCGAUAUGAACAGUCUGGAAACAGUCUAGAAAAUAUUCCUCCUGUGGCAACCAGCAUAGAACAACUUCUGGAGAGGCAGUGGAAUGAGGGACAGCAGUUUCUACAGGAGCAAGGAGCCACGAGCGACAUUUUAGGCAUGCUGAAGUCUCUACACCAACUGCAAGUCGAGAACAGGAGGCUGGAGGAACAGAUUAAAAAUCUGACAGCCAAGAAGGAGCGUCUUCAGCUUCUAAAUGCGCAGCUCUCGGUUCCUUUUCCAACAAUAUCCGCGGUUCCCAGCGCACCCUCUCAAGGGCAUACUUACCCACUGCAUGGUAUAUCAAACACAGAUUCUCUGAGCUUCAAUAAAAGUCCUCACUUGGGAAACUUCCAGACAGAGAGCGCUCUUUCAGCUUCCCAUCAGGAUCGCACCUCAAGUGGACAGAGCACCAGCAGUUCUUCAUCUCUGUCUACUCCACCACCUGAUGGGCAAAGUCCAGCACAGCAAGUUCAAAGGAUCAACGGUGUAACAAUGAGUACCCUGACAAGUGGCAUUCAGACGGUCACACAAGCUCUUCCCACUGUGCAGAGCGUGGGGGCAAUAAUUGGAGCCUUACCGGCCAACCAGCUGGCUAUCAAUGGCAUUGUAGGGGCCCUUAAUGGAGUUAUCCAGACGCCAGCCACUUUGCCUCAGACCACGGCUCUCACUCACGCCUCCAUAUUGCCCAAUGUCACACACCCCAUCACUCCCACGCUAACAAACAGUGCGUCGGGAUUAGGACUGCUCUCUGACCAACAGAGACAGCUACUGCUUCACCAGCAACACCAGCAGCUGCAGCAGCUUCUGAGCUCUCAGCAGCUCACGCCGGAGCAGCACCACACUCUGUUGUAUCAGUUAAUGCAGCACCAACAGCAGCAGCAGCACCACCACCACCAGACGGAACUGCAGCAGCUGCAACUUCCUGCCGCGGCAGCAGCGCAGCUGCCCUUGAACAACCUGUUGGCUGGCUCUCAAACUGCCUCUCUUCACGCAUCCACUACUAACCCUUUCCUUGCCAUGCACAGUGAAAGCACAGCUCAGAAAGUGGCAAGGCUUGGAGAUAAAACCGGACCAGUAAUUCAAGAUAAAAGCUGAUUUUCAAGAAGCAGAAGACUUUCCUCCUGAAGCUUCACUCACUACAGAUGUCUUCCUUUUUUUGUGGUGAUGAACCGAUGCACACAGGGACAACAGACAAUUCUCUCCUUCACUUUCUGUUUUACCAACGCUGAAUGGACAAGCAGAUUUUCACGGGAUUAGACCAAACAGAGGCAAAUAGUGGAAGCCUUUGUGAGAAGGCCUUAGAUAUUUAUUUUGUUUUUAAUUUAUGUAGCGUUUGUUGCACUGAAAUGUCUAUGUUGGCGGUGAAGUCCGAGAAAGAUAAAAAUGUAUGGAAGAAUUACCAGCUUGGAGUUUGGAAGAAACUAAGUAAGGAGAUGGAGUCCUCCAGUGGCAAUGUGACUGCUGUGUACUUUUGCUGGUAACGCAGUGCAUCUCAUCUUCAGGGUUUACUAGAAAGUCCUUCAAACAUCAACAUCUUCUCACUGGUCUCAUAAAGGUAUUAAUAAUAUAUAUAUAUAUAUAUAUAUUAAAGCAGAAUAAAUAUCACAGGGAUGUCUACUCGUAUCGUUUUCUGUAAACAAGUGCAGAAAACAGAAGGGAUGGUGAAAGGGUUAAUUUUUCCUUGGGACAGCAUAAGACUAAUGCAAGUGCCUGUUGCAAAGCUCACUGCGCAAACUGGUGGUAGUGCUGCUGAGCACAUCUUAAGGGGACAAUGUUUACUGCAGUAAGUAUUCAUGUUGCACUAGCAGCUUUUAUCGUCUUAAGUGCCACUAAUAUUUGGCUGGGGCAAUUUCUCCUAAUUUCACUAAAGAGUUUUAUGCAACUCUAACAUUAACUCAAAGAGUUAAACAAUCUCCCGUGAUGCCACUGCGGAAGACUACAAAUCCCAUAAUGCUCCACCAGUCAUUGGUUGAGGAGCAUUGAAGUCCAUAGCGGCGACCCCAGAGCAUACACACUUCCCUCCCUUCCCUGUUUACAGAGAGUGUAAUGUUUGGAGUUUAUACGAUUUUAUACAUUUAGCAAAGUUCAGAAAUAUAUAUAAUGUAAAAGUUAUGAGUUCCAAGUAUUUAGUUGUGUUACUGCGAUGGCCUGCCAAUAGUUUAUUCUCAUCUGUAUAUUUUCCGGUCAGUACCAUGAUUUGAUUUCUAGUCUCCUGAUUGGCUGCAAACAUUAAGGCAGCAAUCAGAAUUUAGAUUUUCUUCCAAAUAUGUGUUUUCUUAAGUGUUUUACUGCCAGCUUCAUUACCUGUCCUGUCGAAAAUGCAGGGAUUCUUGCAGCAAUAACAGACAGAACAGGCGGCUCAUACUUUUUACUUAACUAUUUGAUCUAUACAUUCCUUUCAUGGACGACCUAUUGUUGUCCUACGCUAAAAGUACAGAACCUUUCACUAAUCGUCAACAUCAUUAAAGUGAUAAAACAUUUAUACAGCUGGUUGUAGGACUACUUAUUUGGUGUAACAUAUUUGCAUUGUAUAUUGUAGCAAAAUAGCGUCCGCUGUAUCUUGACCUGCACUGUGUAUUCAGCGGAAAAUAAAAUAAAAAAACCCACAAAUUUAGAAACGUGAGGUUUUGCUGCACAGAUCUUACCUCAUUCUGUAUAUAAGCUUUUUGUGAAUUUGCUUUUGUAAUUUGCUUUCGAAAGAAAAUUCAUAUGGAAAAUAAAAACACAAUAAUA